AGUCUGUGGCCAGCUCUGUGCGGGCAGAGUUAGGCCGGACUCUCGGGGUCUUAUCUGACGUCCUAUCAGGCGGUCCAGUCCCCGUGUCUGUUUCCCUGACCACGUCGCAGAAUUGUGAAAUGGUGCGGUUGGCCACCCCAGGGUGGGGCUGGGGCCACCAGUGUGCCUUCCUGUGAAGGCCUCAUGUGACAUCCAGGCACAAAGCCUCUUCCCGCAGACCCGCCAUCCGUCCUUCUGGGCUGUCCUGUCAUCUCCUGGGCCCAGCAGAGCCAUGGCCAGCACCCUCACCACGCUGUUCUACCUCGGACUGUCUCUGAGCCCUGGAAUCCAGGCCCAGCACGGGUCUCUCCCCAAGCCCUCCAUCUGGGCGGUGCCAGGUCCGGUGGUCCCCCAGGGGAGCCCUGUGUCCAUCUUCUGCAGAGGUCCUCCUGGGGCAGCUCGGCAGCGUCUGCAGCAAGUGGGAGGCUCCCGCGUGUGGGCUGCAGAAAGCCUGGGAGACGCCCAGGCGGAGGCCGCGUUCUCCUUCCAGCAGGCCACGCCCGGCCACUCGGGGAUGUAUGUCUGUCAGUACAAGACGCAGGACAGCUGGUCCGAGAGGAGUGACCCUCUGGAGCUGCUGGUCGUGGGUGUCUCCAAGGACAAACCCACCCUCUCGGUCCAGCCUGGCCCCAUGGUGGCUUUAGGAGGCAGCGUGACCCUUCACUGUCACUUACCAAGCGCCUAUGACGUGUUCCUUCUGUCCAAGGGAGCAGAACUGGCCUUGCCUGCAGGCUCCAUCCAAGGCGGCCAGGGAAAGUUCCUCUUAUCCCCUGCCACCCGGGCCCACGGGGGGACCUACAGAUGCUACGGCUCUGUCAACACCUCCCUCCACGAGUGGUCAGCUCCCAGCAACCUCCUGGAGCUGAUGGUCACAGGAGUGUACAAAAAGCCUCAGCUCUCGGCUGUUCAGGGCCCCUCUGGGGCACCCCAGCAUAUGACGACCCUGCAGUGCCGCUCAGAGAUGUGGUUCGACCUGUUCCUUCUGUCCCAGGAGGGCAGUGCCAACGUCACCCAGCGCCUCAGAUCUCAGUAUAAACGCGGGUUCUUCCAGGCCAACUUCACCCUGAACGCCAGCGAGCAGGCCCGCGGGGCCACCUACAGAUGCUACGGUUCUCUAAGCUCCUUCCCCUCGCUGUGGUCAGACCCCAGUGAGCCCCUGAGGCUCUCAGGAAGAGGGUCUGCUGCCUGGAAUUCCUACAAGGUGAACAUGCUCAGGCUGAGCCUGGCUGGUGUCAUCCUGCUGAUCCUGCUGGGGUUCCUGGUGGAGGCCUGGCUCAGCAGGAGGGACCCCCGGGGAGCAGUCGAGAGGCCCCCUGCAUUGCCAGACGGGGACAGAGUCCUGUGGGCUCCAGGGCCCGGACGGCUCCAGCCCUGGGUGUGUCCCAUGAGGCUCCUGAGCGGCCAGCUGGGUGUGAGGGGACCUGGGCCCAGCUCGGCCAUGGCCACAGGGGUCUCUGUGCUGCUGGGACUAGUGCUUUUCCUGGAGCAAAGGACCCAGGCCCAGGAAGGGGUGCCCUCCAUCUGGGCAGAGCCAGGAUCUCUGGUUCCCCACGGCAGUGCUGUGACCAUCGUCUGCAGGAUUCCUCCAGGGGUGACACAGUUGCGUCUGUAUCAUGUGGAAACUAAGUUGUGGCGUGACAGAGACCCACAGGGAGCCCCAGAGGUGGCCCAGUUCUCCCUCCAGCAGGUGACACACAACCAGGCAGGGACUUACCACUGUGAAUACUGGACAGAAGGACUCCCAUCAGGACAAAAUGACCCACUAGAGCUGGUGGUGACAGGAAUGUACAAGGAGAAGCCCUCCCUGACUGCUGAGCCUGGUCCCCAGGUGGCCUCAGGGGGACAGGUGACUCUGCUCUGUCACACAACUUAUUCCUAUGACGUCUUCACUCUGUGCAGAGACAGGGCAGCCUCCCUGUCCCAGAAAUGCUCCCACCAGACCCACAGCUCGUUCCUCAUGUCCCCUGUGAGCCUGGCCCACGGGGGCACCUACAGGUGCUAUUUCUCCUCCAGGAACAGACCCCACCUCUGGUCUCUGCCCAGUGACCCCCUUGAUCUCCUGGUCACAGCUCCAGCCCUGCCUCUGACGUCCAGCGGGGAGAUGCAGAUGACACCGAGCACAGGGAGCAUGGACAGCUGGACACACAGAUUUCCCCAUGGCCCCGGCGACCACUGCUCACAGCGGGACCUACCGGUGUUACAGCUUUUCGAACAUCUCCCCGUACCUGUGGUCGAGCCCCAGCAACCCCGUGGUGCUCACAGUCACAGGCCCCUCCGUGACCCCCAGCCAGCCACCCACAGAGGCAGCCUCCUCCGCGACAGAGAUAGGGGUUCUGGCCAGCCACUGCCCCUUGAGGGGUCGGCAGAGAGGGGCCCUUGGGGAAGAACUGACAUCAUCCAUGUCAUUAUGAUCCCUCUGCUCAGAGUCCCCCGAAGCCUCCAGGAGACUGAUCACCUCACCCAGGAACAGAGCCUCGACCACCGCCAUGUCCAGGAACGUCCCCGUCUCUCCAGAGGGGUCCAGCGCUCCAGUUGGUCUCGCCCGCCAGGACCACACCCAGGGGAACCUGGUCCGGAUCUGCCUCGGUGCCGUGGUCCUCAUUCUGCUGCUGGGUGUGGUGGCAGAGGACUGGCACAGUCAGAGGAGAGCCCCGCGGCCCAGGGUCCAGCCCGUGCACAGGCCCCUCCCGCCCCUCCCACAGACCCAGCGUGGCUGUCAGGAGGAGCACCUCCGUCAGAACCCUGGUGUGGCCGCGUCCAAGAGCCAGAUGGUGUGAAGGCCUGCGGAGCUCGGAGACCAGUGGGAGGCCAGGCUGUGGGCGGGAGGAGGCUGGGCCUCUUCAGGGAGCCGCAGAGCCAGUGUCUACUGGGCUCUGUCCCCUUGGCUGCAAGGAGUCCAGUGGAGGCUGCGUGUCCUAGACACCUUCACCUGUGGUCACUAAGUCCCUGGACAGGCACUGAUGGCCUUCCCUCAGGCCUCCUAAUACGGGCUCCACAUCCAUCCCCCACUCACGGCUCACUGUCCGCCCUGUGCGCGGCCUUCCCUGUCUCCUGUCCUCAGGUUGGCCCCACCCCACCCAUCUUCAGCUGUGGUCUGAUAAAUCUGUUUUUAGAACGGUCCUGGUUCUUUCAGGCAGUCGGAUGCGCUUCUUAUUGUCACUAGCAUACAAUAAAAGUCACGGUGCCCCCCAGCCCCAGGAGGGGUCAUCCUUA